AGUACCGUUUUAUGAUCACCACAGGUAAAAGUACCAUUCGUUCUUUUCUUGAUUGCAACAAGUUUUGGCAGCACAAGAGUCUCCCAAGUUUCUCCCUACUGAUGUGCAGGGAUGGAGAUGCGGAGGAGGAGGCUUGGAAUUUCAAAGUCCGCGGGCUUGCUGGCUUAAUUCUGCUGCACCGUUCACGGCCUACGUGUGCGUCCGUUCGGUGAACCUUUAUGGCUUUCUGAGGAUUUUUACUGAGGGCAUCCUAUUCUUUAGAUUGCCCUCCAUAAUGAGGCAUUUGCAAAUCUAAGCUAAGAUCUAUAUUCGCUUCGGUGUCGUAACAAACGGGGCAACCAGAGAAACUCUGGAAGCAGUAGCUGAACUAGCAUGACGCCCCCCAGUGCUGCGUUUGAGGAGGAGGAAGACAUGUUUGCCUCUGGCAAUAAGCGGAACCCGUGGGUGCCAGCCGGUGCAUUCUUGACGGCCGGCGUGCUGGCUGCGGGACUUUAUGCUUUCAAGAAGGGGAACACGCAGAGGAGUCAACAGCUCAUGCGCGCACGAGUGGUUGCCCAGGGGGUCACCAUUGCCAUCAUGGCAGCGUCGGUCGGAGCGGGGGGCUUCUCAUUGAAAGGAUAGACUGUAAUAGCAGGAUCUAUUAUGGCAUCAAUACGUCGUGAUCCCUUACUUAGGACCUGCAGUGAUUUUCUGAGUGGACAAGGAGGUCAUCAUGGGAAACUCCACAGGGGAGUGUUUGGCCAUCUGCAUGUACAUACCAGCAAAAGUUCUUCUGUAAUAUAGCUAGUGUCUCCAUUAUGAGAUGUGUUCAGUGUUGCUCACAUUGAGCAAACAGAUAUCAAAGAAACUAUUGGAUCAAAAUUCCUCAUAAUCUGCAAAUACUUAAGUUCGAAGGGACCUCGAUUUUAGUGCUGAUUGACAAUCAUUUCAGUACGUCAUCGAGCAAGCAGAAUAUCGACCAGAACAGGUGAUCGACCAACGAAAAUAGCUUGCGCUUAUAGGCUUUUGCAAGUUUAACGAGGUCUUUGCGAGCAAGAAAUGCACUGAUCGGUCCAGUCAUAGAAGGUGCAAAUCUAUAGAGCGUUCAGUGACAGACACUUUGUAUGGUGCAGAGCAGAGAACAUACGAGCAUGAUCAUUAUGCCGGACUAGCUGGCAAUUUAAAGGUACGCAUGCCACAUGUAUCUGACUCUAUUAUUGACGCCUUCCUCACACUAUUAUUGCAAG